AAAUACAAAAGUGAAAAAAGAAAAAAGGAAACAGUUUUAGAGAGAGAGAGAGAGAGAGAGAGAAUGGGGGUAUCAUCGGAGUUGGAAACACUGAGCGAAGAUGAAAGAAGAGCUCUUAGAGGAAGCAAAUUCGCACCUCUCCCUUCUUUACCUUCUUCUUCUCACCGUUCCCAACCCAGGUUGGCGCACCCAGGAGGACCGUUGAGGACGAACAAGGCGGCGGCAUUGGCGAAGUUUCUAGAAAGAAAGCUACAGGAGCCUGACGGUUUGGCCUCUAUCAAUCCCGAUCUCGUCGAAAUCGCUGUCCAAAAUGCCAAACGCACCGUUUUGCCUUCUUGUGGUACGUCAAAUUCAGGAACCACUAUUCAACAUGUAGACUCCUUUGGUGACACUGAGGAUUCUUUUGAAGAAGGAAAAGAGGAAAAGAAACAAAAGAAGAACAAGAACAAGAACAAGAAAAAUAACAAGAAGAACAAAAAAGAGAAGAAAGAAAAGAGGAAAAAUAAAAAACGAAAGUUUGCUGAGGAUCCUGGAAAUGCUGUAGUCAAGAAGUGCAAACAAAAAUUGAAAUUGUGAUUAGAUUGAAGUUAUGAAAAUUCUAUACCUGAAAAUUAGUUAUAAUAUGUUUGAUUGUGUAAAAUAUUCUUUGGCUGAGUGCAAUCUAGUACCAGUUAUUUACCCUCUGAUUUUUGGAGGAUAUGUGUAUUAGGAAGUUUUAAGUGCAACUUACCUUGGAUUGUAAUCCACAUGCUCCAUUCUUAGUUGCACAAUUGAAUUUGUGUCUUGUUCCCAGGAAAUAAUUGUCAAGUUGCAAAUGAGGCAUUUGGUUGAAGUGAUAUA